UUAACAAGUCUUUACAGUAAGUUACUGGCAACCAGCUGCCUAAUUACCACUAAUUUUUUACACUGCAAGUGUUUGCUGCUAUUUUGCUUGUGAAACUCUGAUGUGUCUGUUGUAUAGCUUUAAAACGCAUACAACCUGUGAUGUAAAUUGAGUUAUGUGAAAAACUAACAGUGAUUAAUAAAUGUAAGAUUUUAUAGCAAAAUAAAACAGUUUUAGGUGAGCUAUGUUUAAAAUUUUUGGUUUUACAUAAAUGAAACAUUAGAAACACAACAGAGACCAAUCAAUGUAAAUGUGUAGUGAUAACAUACUACGCACUUUCAAUUUCCAAUGGACAACUAACCAUAACUGUAAUUCAGAUACUUAACCCUAUUUAAUAAACCCUAAACCUACAAAAAAGGUGGCACACUUAGGACUAAAAUUUUAUGCAGUUGCUACGUACACAGUCAGAAAAAAAAUUGUCAAAAGUGGUCCCUAGCGAUCAGUGGGGCAGUACCCUUAAAAAGGUACAAAUAUGUACUAUUAUGAACUUUUUACUAUAGGUGUACUUUUACUUUUUGAAGGGGUACCACCCUAGUGACAGAUGGGAACCAUUUUUGACAAUUUUCUGACUUUGUAGGCCUGUCUGUCUUAUUCACAUAAACAUAUCUUAUCAUUUUAUCUAAUGUGUGUAGUGUGUUUAGUUUUUGUCAGGAUGUACAGUUUCAUGGGAGGGGGUUUGUUCUGUGCCAUCGUGGGCAACAUCCUGCUGGUGGUUUCCACGGCGACGGACUACUGGAUGCAGUACAGACUGUCCGGCAGCUUCGCUCAUCAGGGCCUGUGGCGUUAUUGCAUGUCCGGCAAAUGCUAUACGCAGACCGACAGCAUCGCUUACUGGAACGCGACCCGAGCCUUUAUGAUCCUGUCUGCCUUGUCGUGUUUUUCGGGAAUCAUCGCAGGAAUUCUGUCCUUUGCUCAUUUUUCUGCCUUUGAGAAGUUUAACCGUUCCUUUGCUGCAGGAAUCAUGUUUUUUGUUUCCACACUCUUUGUUCUUCUUGCUAUGGCAAUUUACACCGGGGUGACCGUGAAUUUCCUAGGAAAGCGUUUUGGUGAUUGGCGUUUCUCCUGGUCCUACAUUCUGGGCUGGGUCUCUUUGCUCAUGACUUUUUUUGCAGGUAUAUUUUACAUGUGUGCCUUCAGGAUGCAUGAAUGCAGAAGAGUGGCCGGCCCUCGCUAGAGCGAAUUAAAGCAUUAUCUUUAUAUCAAGCUGUCUAUUUA